GUGCGGGGAAAAGGUGGCGGGGGAAGGGCGAGGGGAGGCGAUAAGUGCGCGUGCGCACUGCGGGCUGGGUUGCAGCAAGCGGCGGCGGCGGUUGAGCUCGCGGGCGGUUUCCCAUAACACCUGAUCCACCAUGGCUGAUGACCUAGACUUCGAGACCGGCGAUGCCGGUGCCUCCGCCACCUUCCCCAUGCAGUGCUCCGCUCUCCGCAAAAAUGGCUUUGUGGUGCUCAAAGGACGUCCCUGCAAGAUUGUGGAGAUGUCCACCUCCAAGACUGGCAAGCAUGGGCAUGCCAAAGUGCAUCUGGUUGGCAUAGACAUCUUCACCGGGAAGAAAUAUGAAGAUAUCUGCCCUUCGACCCACAACAUGGAUGUGCCCAAUAUUAAGAGAAAUGACUUCCAGCUUAUUGGGAUCCAGGAUGGGUACCUCUCCCUGCUUCAGGACAGCGGGGAAGUGCGGGAGGACCUGCGCCUUCCUGAGGGUGACCUGGGCAAGGAGAUUGAACAGAAGUAUGACUGUGGCGAGGAAAUUCUGAUCACCGUGCUGUCUGCAAUGACUGAGGAAGCUGCUGUUGCUAUUAAGGCCAUGGCUAAAUAAAGGAACCGCAGGGCAGCAGCUCCACCUUGUCAUGAACCAGAGAGGAUCGCAACCCGCAGACUGGCUCGAUUUGGCUCCAAACCACCCAAAUCUUUUUUUCUCUCUCCCCAUCCUUUAAAAAAAGCAAAAUCUCCCCCACCCCCUUUUGAAUUAAACAAGAGAAAACAAACUUUUUAUUUUGUGGUCUUUUAAAGGAGAAAGCUGGAUGCUGAUGUAUUCCUUUUAAUUUUUUGUUCCUCUUCCUCUCCCAUCCCAGUUCCUUCCCUCUCUCCGGUGCUAGUAACACUACAGCUGUUUUCUGGCAAGAGAUGUUGAGAAUUUGCACUUAAGGAAAAUAUUUAAACUGCUAGGAGGAAAAAACCUUGCAAGAGACUCGUGUUGGAAUUGUUCUUUUUUCAAGCUUAAUGCUUCUGUGCUGAGGUGGUUGGGGUGGGAGAGAAGCUGCCCCUUUGCAGGAACAACUGAAAUGGAGCUAAACAGCAGCGAGAGCUGAGGACGGCGCAGUCUUUACCCUGUCAAAUGUGUGUGUUCUUGUGAGCCUUUCUGUUGAGGGGAGGUGGGAGGGGAGGUGUGGCCCUUCCCCCACCACACUUUUGAAGCUUUUUUCUCAUUGGUGGUUGCAGCAAUUUGGUCAAUCCUAUUGGAUGGCAUCCUUUCUCACAAUGUGGAGGUUACCCAUUCAAUGUGUUUUUUUGGGAUCCCUGCUCUGGUUGCUGAGCUUGCUUAACCCCCCUUCUUAAUUCCUUCUAGAGCACACAAGCGCCCCCCCAUCUGGAACGGGGUGGGGGCAGGCCCCUGCCAGGCUGGGAGCAUGGCCCUGGCUCCAAAGCAGGAGCAGACUUGGUUCUUGUGGCUGCCUGGUCAAGGUGCGCAGUUUGCCCCGCCCCGCCUGGGCUCUGGUCCCUAUCAAUCAUGUUCUGUUUUCUGCCCUUGCCCCAGAGCUGGCAGUUCUCUAGCACGGCCCCCCUCCCCUUCCCCAAGCCCUCCGUACUGGGUAACCAAGAGCUGUUCAAGGUAGGGAUCUUCUGGGGGAACCAACUAGCACCCCGACUGUUUCCCUGGUUCAUAUCUUACCCCCUGCUGUUGACAGGUCAGCGCUGUGGCCUCCUCCCUUUCCCCCUCCCCUGUUAAUCCAACACAUUUGUUAAUCAACCUCAAUAAAAAAACAAGUUUAAUAUGAAAA